AUGAUUGACGUGACUUCGAUAAAAAGCCCGGAAACAACAGCACAACGAUUCUACAGCCAAGGAAAACGUAUUCCAAAAGACGUGAAGCGGCAUUGCGGUAUGUGCAAACAGCACGGCUUCUUAGUCGAGACGCGCGGGCACAAUUGCACAUUCAAAAACUGUACUUGCGAGCAGUGCGAUCUUGUGCGAAAACGUCGUGAAAUAAUGUCGACACAAAUUCGUCUGAGACGUGAACAAGACAAGAAGUUUCAGCGAACCAAUGAUGCAAGUGAGGCUGAUAUUGUCCCAUGGAAUGCUACCACUGAAAAUGGCGAACUCAAAUUUCCUGAAAAUGUCAAUAUGUGUUACUUCUGUCAAAAGUGCAAAAAUCAUGGAAUUCUCAUGUGGAAAAAGGAUCAUAAAAAGAAGUGUCAAUUCAUGGAUUGCCGCUGUGAACAAUGCGAUCUCAUCGAUUCGAGAAGAGCGUUGGACAGACAUAUCAAAAAGAGAAAAUUAAAUCAUCCAAAAACCAAGAGCGAAACAAAAAGCCCAAGAAAGGACGAGUCUUGUUCAUCAGAAGAAUCUUCUUCGUCUUCAUCGUCCUCGGACUCAUCGCUGUGCGGCUCACGGAACUCAUUGCUACCACCGUCAGCCGUUUCAAUCCCGCGAAGUCCAUUGGCCACUAAUGCAACUUCUAGCCCAUCGUAUUCCCCAACCAACUCGACAUCUCCAUUUCCACCAAUCCCCGCCACCACAUUCAAUUUCCCACAAUUCGUACCUCCAAUGGUCCCAAAUUCGGUUGCAGGUCUAUUGCCUUUCUUUAAUUCGACACUCGCUUAUUGUGGGACGAACCUUAUUGCGAAUCCAUUCCUUAUGACUCCAUUCACUCCAAUCGAUAUGCAACUUUUGUUUUCCAAUCUUCAGAAUUUGAGUGAGAUGAAAACUGCUGUGACCCUCGCAAAUACCGAUUAA